CUGCGCACGUAUGCUCAUAUAGUAGCGCGCACAGUCACGAAGAUGGACAGCAAGAGCAUACGGAGUCAAAUUGUCAAACCUUUCCAGAACGUGCACUAGCACAUUUAGAGCCUGAUUUGACUGGAUGAGCGGAGAAGCUCCUGCUGCGCCACGCUUAAGCGGCGAGCUCGCGGAAGUUUUGGGUGACAUCUUCAACGAUGAUGUGCACGAGUUGGACGGCGGGCUGGGGUUCCACGAAGUUGGGCACAAUGCAGCAGCGCACGACGCCGCCGGCGCUCCCGUGGUCAGCCUGGUCCACAUGGCACCGGGCUCGCCCAUGGACUCUCUGCACCCGUGCGACGCCCUGCACAUGCCGGGGCUCCUAGAAAUGGGCGGGCGGGUCAGCGGCAGCGGCGCUGUGCCGGGUGCGCCGCUGCAACACCACCAGGGCUCGGGCAUGAUACGGAUGGGCUCGGGCAGCGCUGGGCCGGCAGGCGAGGCCCUGGGGGCCUUUCCGGCAGGCAUGCACGCCGCUGCGAACGGGCUGGGGCACAGCGGCGGCGGCGCGCCGCAGUCGUCCAUGGGCUGGGCGCCAUCCCACUCGGGGUCCGAGCUGUCCCAACACAACUCGGGCAUGUCCCGACACGACGCGCAGCCGCCGGCGGGGCACAUGCAGCCCAUGGCCAGCACCGGUGCCGGGGGCGGGUCGGGCGGAGGCGGCGGCGGUCCGGCGGGGCCGGGCGGGCCGGCGGGCUCUGCGGUGCCGAGGGUGCGGCACGGUGGAACUGGGCGCAGCGCGCCGCCGCCACCACCGGGCGCCAACUGGCCGCCCUUGCUACAGGUGUUCCGCGGCGUCAUGCGACCCGAGGUUGCGCCGCUGGCGGCGGCGGCGGCACUGCGGGCCCGCGUCACGCCGCCGCUGGUCUCGCCCGGGCUGUACUUCACAGAGGCGGCGGCGGCGAAUGGGGCGCUGGGUGCGGGCGGCGGCGGCGCGGAAAAGGGCCGGGGGCUGAAGCGAACAGGCAGUGGGGGGACGGUGGCUGUGCCGCUGGCGAAGUGGUAUCCGGAGGCCGCGCAGGACCUGACGGCGCUGCUGGAGGGCCGCAGCAGCCUGGCCGGCCGCACCGCGGUGGAGCGCAUCACCGACCGCUGCCACCCCUGCUUCCGCAACCCCUUCACGGGGCUGUCCGCGGUGCCGGAGAGGCGCAAGCUGGUGGCGGCGGCGGACUUGUGUGAGGGCACGCUGCUGGGGCCGUACGUGGGCGAGGUCCGCAGCGGCAAGAUGGACGAGCGGCUGGUGGGCGGCGACUGCAGUGGUGUGGAGGGCCUCAAAGCCGCCUUCACUCUCACCAUGCUGGACGGCCUGCAGCCGCCGCAGCCGCCGCCCCCGCCGCCGCAGCCGGGGCAGGCGGCCAACGGCAAGCUGCCCACCAAGGCGCCGGAGCCUCCCGCGCCCGACAGCCUGGUGGUGGUGGGCGACCCCGCGCUGUGCCCGCUGGCGGAGGCCAACGCGCCGCGCUUCUGGGGCUACUGCGGCGCGCGGCGGGGCGGGGGCGACAAGGGCGGCGGCGGCUUCUGCAACUGCGCGGCCUACGAGGGCCGCACCGCCAACGCCGUCGUGCUGAACUGCAUCCUCAAGGUGCAGCUGUCUAGGGUGCGGGCGGCCGCUGAGGCUGCGGGCGAGGUGGAGGCGCUGCGGCAGGGGCUGGAGGCGCUGCGAGUGGCGGCGGCGGCGGCGGCGCCCGGCGCGCUGUCCUCCGACCCGUGUGUGUAUGCGGUAGUGCCCGUGGUCGUCACGUCCGUGGCCAUCAAGGCCCGCCAGGAGGUGCUGCUGGGCUCUGGCGCUGAGGACGAUGAGACCCACUUCUCAGUGGCCGACCAGAACCUACGCCAGUAUCAAUACAUUCGCGGCGUCAUGGCCAGCAAGAAGGAGACGGAGCGGCAGCGCGAUGUGGCCAAGUGGGAGCGCGACGAGGCGGUGCGGCUGCGCGAGGAGGCGGCGGCAAGGGCGGCGGAGUCGGCGCGGCGGGCGGACGCCUUGGCGGCGCAGCUGGCGGAGGCCAGGGCGGCACUGGCGGAGGCGGAGGGCGGCCACGAGCGGCUGCAGCAGCAGGUGCGCGACCACAGCGCAGCAGCGACGGCGGUGGCGGCGGCGGCGGGGCCGCGGGUGGCGGCGCUGGAGCGGCGCGUGUCGGAGCUGGUGGCGGAGCGAGACGCGCUGCUGGCGGGAGACACGGAGGCGGCGGCGGCGGCGAUGCAGCGGCGCGCAGCGGCGGAGGUGGCGGCGCAGACUGAGGCGCUGGAGGCGGCGCGGCGGCGGCUGGACGAGCAGCAGCGGCUGCUGGAGCAGCGGGCACGGGCGUUGGAUGAGCGCGAGCGGGCGCUGAAGGAGCGGCAGAAGCGGUUGGGGCCGGGUGACGCCGAUGGUGGUGGGUCGGCUGGCGGUGGUGGGCACGCUGCGCCUGGCGUGGUGCAGCCGCCGCAGAAGCGGCAGCGCCUGCUGGGGCCGAGAGCGGAGCCGCGGCAGCCGGCGUCUGGCGCGGGCUGCGGUGCAGCGCGGCCCACUGCUGGCAUGGCCUCCAGGCUGGUUGCGAGGGCGCUGACGUCAGCCAGGGCAGGCGCGCCAGCCGCAGCAGGCGCCGUGGCGACCGCAGCUGCAGCGGCAGGCCCCAGUGCCGGGGCCAGGCCAGCAGCGGCAGCAGCAGCGGGCCCAGGCCCGGGCUCGUGGAGCUCCCGGGCCGGUGACGUGGCGGUGGCCAGGUUCACGGCGGCCGCGCGGCAGCAGGAGCAGGCGGUGGCGGCACUGGUCGCUGCGCUCAGCCGGGCGGAGCAGCGCGCGGCAGCAAACGUCAGGGCCGCGGCGCGGGCGCGAGCUGGGAGCGGGGCGGCGCAACAGGCGCAGGAGCAGAAUCCGAAUGCGGAGGCGGGCUGAGGCGAUCGUCAUGGCGGUGGAACUGCAGCUGGAGAACGUUUGUUUGGGGUGUGCGUGGCCAUUUGCAUGGAUGAAAGGAUAAGCAGUAGCCUUCGGUUGCAGCGGGUUUUGAUACUUAACAUGCAAACGCAGAGCAUGCAGGACAGACCUGCUUUGCAACGCACUACAUGAUACGAGUGGCGUGGCCUGUACAGCACGCCUGCACAGGUACAAGUUGAUUCGCCGGGGUAUUUACGCAUUGGGCCUUGGUUGGGGCUUCCAAGAAGAGUAACGCCUUGAACGAAAGUCAAGAGCGCGAAGAGUCAGAACCAGCAGUAUCAUACGUUGUUGGCCUAGAGAGAUGUGUGACCAGGCAGGGGCUAAGCGGUUUGAACGUUGCAUCGCCUACACUCCCGUUACAUCUCUCUAAACGCAAUUGUCAUAUUCGAAUU